AUGGGUCCCCGUUCGGAUUCAACCAUUUAUCUUCACGGAGAGAUCGAUUUAACGAUAAUCGAAGCUCGAUGUUUGCCGAACAUGGAUUUACCAACGGAGCGAGUGCGCCAUUGCUUGAAAGUCUUGCAUCUGUGUAAAUCAUCGAAAAAGAACAAAAAAGCGAAGCGCAAUCAUAAGGUGAUUACGAGCGAUCCGUACGUAAGCGUCUGCCUCAGCGGAGCCACCGUCGCACGGACGCGUGUGAUUUCUAACUCCCAAUAUCCUGUCUGGAACGAGCAUUUUGUUACGCUGCUAGCUCAUCCGGUGGCGCAGGUGGAGUUUCAGGUGAAGGAUAAUGAUGUUUUCGGUGCAGAUAUGAUCGGCGUCGCCACAAUCUCCGCUAAGUGGAUAAAGUCCGGUGAGUUAAUCGAAGAUUGGUUCCCGAUACUAGGUCCAUUUGGUAAACCGCCAAAACCUAAAGCCGCGAUACGGUUAAAACUCAGAUUCACCCCUUGUUAUGUCGAUAAUAACAGACAUGAAAUCGGCACCGAUGAGUCAUUUGGCUUGAAACGAAGUUAUUUUCCGAUUAGACAUGGAUGUAAUGUGACGCUGUAUCAGGAUGCCCAUGUCCGGGAUGGGGAGUUACCGGAUAUCAAAUUGGAUGGAGGAGGAAUAGAAGGGGGUGGAGAGUGUGAAACUUUUAAGCACAAGGGUUGCUGGGAAGAUAUAUGCCAUGCUAUCUUGGAGGCUCGUCAUUUGGUGUAUGUUAUUGGGUGGUCGAUCUUCGAUAAGGUGAAACUGCUUAGGGAGCCUACCAAGCCUUUGCCAAGAGAUGGGAACUUGACUCUUGGGGAGUUGUUGAAGCGUAAAUCACAAGAAGGGGUGAAGGUUUUAUUGCUUGUUUGGGAUGAUAAGACUUCACACGACAAAUUCUUCAUUCGAACGGAAGGAUUGAUGCAAACUCAUGAUGAAGAAACUCGGAAGUUUUUCAAACACACAUCUGUCAACUGCGUGUUGGCACCUCGAUAUGCCAGCAGUAAGCUUAGCAUUUUCAAGCAACAGGUUGUUGGCACCCUAUAUACCCAUCAUCAGAAAUGUGUUAUAGUGGAUACACAAGCCUUCGGAAAUUACAGGAAGAUAUCUGCAUUUAUCGGAGGUCUGGACCUCUGUAAUGGACGCUAUGACACACCACAACAUCGUUUAUUUCGUGAUCGUGGCACUGUAUUUGAGAACGAUUACCACAAUCCUACGUUUUAUUCAGGUAUAAAAGGGCCAAGACAACCCUGGCAUGAUUUACACUGCAAAAUUGAUGGUCCUGCUGCACAUGAUGUGCUUAAAAACUUUGAGCAAAGGUGGAAAAAAGCUACAAAAUGGUCCCGAGUUGGCGUAAAAAAACUAUCCCACUGGAAUGACGAUUCAUUUUUUAGAUUAGACCGCAAUCAAUGGAUACUCUGCCCUUCGUCGAGGGUUCCAAAUGAUGAUCAAGAACUGCAGGUUUCAAAGGCGGAAGAUCCAGAAAACUGGCAUGUUCAGCUUUUCCGCUCAAUCGAUUCAGGUUCUUUGGAAGGAUUUCCCAAAGAUGUUCGAGCAGCUGAGUCUCAGAAUCUGGUCGGCUCAAAAAAUCUGGUGAUCGAUACAAGCAUUCAAAGGGCGUACAUUCAAGCCAUAAGAUCUGCCAAGCACUUCAUUUACAUUGAGAAUCAAUACUUUUUCGGUUCAUCAUAUGCAUGGUCAUCCAAUAGUGAUGCAGGUGCUGAUCAUUUGAUCCCAAUGGAGCUGGCAUUGAAGAUUGCUAGUAAGAUAAGGGCAAAUGAGAGGUUUUCGGUUUAUGUUGUCAUUCCAAUGUGGCCAGAAGGCGUCCCUACUUCUGCGGCUGUUCAAGGAAUCUUGUUUUGGCAGGGACAAACUAUCCAAAUGAUGUAUGAAGUUAUCGCUCAAGAGAUCAAGAAUUCAGAGCUCGAGAAUGCACAUCCACAAGAUUACUUAAAUUUCUACUGCCUCGGAAAACGUGAACGAUGCAAGGAGGAAGGCAGAAACUCUUUAGAUGGCAGUUCGGUUUCGGCUUCUCAAAAGAACGGACGGUUCAUGAUUUACGUACAUGCAAAGGGAAUGAUCGUAGAUGAUGAGUAUGUGAUAUUGGGAUCUGCCAACAUCAACCAAAGAUCCAUGGCUGGUUCACGAGAUACGGAGAUAGCCAUGGGGGCGUAUCAGCCCCAUCACACAUGGGCUCAAAAGAAAAGUCACCCGCAUGGUCAAGUGCAUGGAUAUAGAAUGUCACUAUGGGCUGAACAUUUGGGCAAGAUCGAAGAUUACUUCAACGAGCCACAAAGUUUAGCCUGCGUAAAGAGUAUAAACGAGUUUGCAGAAGAGAACUGGGAAAGGUUCGCCUCGGCCGAUUUCACUCCCUUGCCCGGCCAUCUUCUCAAGUACCCUAUCAAGGUUGAGCCCGAUGGGAAAGUAUGCCCUUUACCUGAUUACGAACAUUUCCCGGAUGUUGGAGGUAAGAUCCUUGGUGCUGUAUCCAACCUCCCUAAUGCUUUGAUUACGUAAGUUUUUUAUGCCCAAAUUUCAUAACA